UUUAAUCAACUGGCCCCACAGUCCCCAAAUCACUCCUGGAAUACAGCGGUCGAGGCGGCCAGGGCGCUAAGGGGAGAGGGAUGCCAGACAUGCAGGACCAAGGCCUGCCCUGCACUUAGGCCUCUUGUAGCCAGUGCUGCCCAGCGGCCUCUGACCCGCUAGCCAGCCAAGGCCUGAUCCAAGGAGACCCACCUCCUGACGGGUCGCCUACCUCAGCUCCAGCCCGUAGAGAAAUCUGGAAGAUCACCGAGCCAGCAUGGAUCCUGACAGCGAUCAACCCCUGAAUAGCCUUGAUGUCACCCCCCUGCGCAAACCCCGCACUCCCCUGGAAACCUUCAAAAAGGUGGGGGUCCCCAUCAUCGCAGCACUGCUGAGCCUGGCAACCAUCAUCAUCGUGGCUGUCCUUAUCAAGGUGAUUCUGGACAAAUACUACUUCCUCUGCGGACAGCCUCUCCACUUCAUCCCAAGGCAGCAGGUGUGCGACAGCCAGCAGGACUGUGCCUCCGGGGAGGACGAGCAGCACUGCGUCAAGACCUUCCCCGAUGGGUCCCCAGUGGCAGUCCGCCUCUCCAAGGACCGAUCCACCCUGCAGGUGCUAGACCCGGCCACAUGGAGCUGGGCCUCUGCCUGCUUCGACAACUUCACAGAAGCUCUGGCCAAGACAGCCUGUGGGCAGAUGGGCUAUGACAGGUACCCGGCCCCAGCCUCCAGAGGCUGUCCCCUCACCCCUAUGACCUCCUCCCUUCUUCCCCCUUUCUUUCCUCCCUUCCUCCUGAUUUUUCCCUCCUUCCUACCAACUCCAGCCUGUGGGGAGAGCCUGAAGGCCCCUCGGGUGGUGGGCGGGGAGACGGCCUCUGUGGAUUCUUGGCCUUGGCAGGUCAGCAUCCAGUACAACAAACAACACAUCUGCGGGGGGAGCAUCCUGGACGCCCACUGGAUCCUCACAGCUGCCCACUGCUUCAGGAAGCAUCACGAUGUGUCCACCUGGAAGGUGAGGGCUGGCUCAGACAAACUGGGCAACUUCCCAUCCCUGCCUGUGGCCAGCAUCUUCCUCAUUGAGCUCAACGCCACGUACCCCAAAGAGAAGGAUAUUGCUCUCGUGAAGCUGCAGCUCCCACUGACAUUCUCUGGCACAGUCAGGCCCAUCUGCCUGCCCUUUUUUGAUGAGGAGCUCACUCCAGCCACCGCACUCUGGGUCAUCGGAUGGGGCUUUACAGAGCAGGAUGGAGGAAAGAUAUCCGACACCCUGCGGCAGGCGUCAGUCCAGGUCAUUGACCACACUCGGUGCAACGCGGAGGACGCCUACCAGGGGGAAGUUACUGAGCAGAUGCUGUGCGCUGGCAUCAUGGAGGGCGGCGUGGACACCUGCCAGGGUGACAGCGGUGGGCCCCUGAUGUAUCACUCUGACCAGUGGCAAGUGGUGGGCAUCGUGAGCUGGGGCCACGGCUGUGGGAGCCCCAGUACCCCAGGAGUAUACACCAAGGUCACAGCCUAUCUCAACUGGAUCUACAGUGUCCGGAAGUCUGAGCCGUGAUGCUGCCGCCCCCUCCAUACUGCUGGAAACUGCCUCCCCCUGUCCUGCCCACCUGGGGAUCCUGCAGAAGUCAGAGCAAGAGCCCCCUUGGGCACACCUCUCUGCCCACAGCAUCAGCAUUUCUUGGUGCAGCAAAGGGCCUCUGUUCCUGUAAAAGACCUCACAGCCCACAGGCACCCAAAAGGAAGUCAGCAGCCCCAGCUCCACCACCCUUGGGGCUCCUGACGUCCCAAGGAGAAAGACACAGCCCACUGAACAGGCCAGGCUUCCAGCCAAGGUCUCAGAAGACAUUGCUAAGCCAAGAAGGAACUUCCUACUCUGCUGAAUGGAAGCCGACUCUCCAGUGAGAACCCAGAUGACCAAGGGCUGGAGUGGAAGGAGAAAAGGGUCUGAGCCAGUCCUCUCCUCCACCCAUCCCCAAGCCCACCCAAGCAAGAAACCAGUUGUAAUGUAAAAUGCACUGUCCUGCUAUUGGCGCAACUGCUAUUACUUGCUGUUACAACUAUUAGCUCUAUGGCUGCUGCUAUUAAACGGGUGUGUGAAGUCUUUGACACAGGAGGACUGGGCUGUAUACUAAGAACUGAGCUAGGACCUACUGUAUCAUUCUUGAGCCUGGGUAUGAAAAGAUCUUGGGGAGACGACUGAUUCUUAAACAAGGGAAAAGGAGACCCAAAGUCCAGAGAGUACACCUAAGACUUGGGAGGGAGAGGAUUUAGGUACUCAAGGCUGAUAGUAAAUCAUGGCUCCCCCAGUGGCUG